AGUCGCAGCCUCUUCUCCUCUCCAAAAUCCAUACAAAAUCCAAAUCUCAGUUAGUUCAUCGCUUUUCUAUGAAGAAAUAUAUAAAAAGUAAGUUAGUUCAACGGACCUACUACUCUUCCACGGAGAUUUCGACCAUCGUUCUCCACUAUAGGCGAAAAUGGUGCAGCUGGGGAAACUCUUAGUUUAACAGUCCAUGAAUGAUGCAAGCUUUACCAGCAUUGGAACUUAAAGUUGUCUGCCUCUUAAAUUGUGUUUCAGAUGGAAGAAGUUUGUCUCAAUAGCGAGCCAGUGUUUGAUGAAGGUGAUGAAUAUGAUGUUGAUGGACAUUUCUUAAUAGUAGAACAUGAUGAAGAAUCUGGGGAAACACAAAGAAAGGAUCCCCCUCUUCCAACUGUGGGAUUGGAGUUUGAUUCUUUUGAUGCAGCUUAUGAUUUUUACAAUGCUUACGGUAAACAGCAGGGUUUUGGUAUUAGAGUGAGCAAUUCAUGGUUCAGAUCAAAGAGAAAAGAGCGGUAUAGAGCUAAAUUAAGCUGCAGCAGUGCAGGGUUCAAGAAAAAGAGUGAAGCUAACAAUCCAAGACCAGAAACACGAACUGGUUGCCCUGCAAUGAUCGUCAUCAAACUCGUGGAUUCUACAAGGUGGAGAAUUGUUGAAGUAGAACUUGAACAUAACCAUCAAGUCAGCCCACAAAUUAAGAGGUUUUAUAAGUCUCACAAAAGAAUGAUUGUUGCUGCCAAAAAGACUCAACCACCCCCUCAGCCUGUUACAGAAGUACACACUAUUAAGUUGUAUAAAACGGCCGUGUUGGAUUCUGGGUGUAAUGGAUACUUAAGUUUUAACGAGAGUGAGGGUAUGAGCUCUGAUGAUCGCUCUAAAUGUUUAGAACUAAAAGAAGGAGAUGCUCAUGCAGUGUACAACUACUUCUGUCGCAUGAAAAUGACGAACCCAAAUUUCUUUUACUUGAUGGACAUUGAUGAUGACGGUCACCUCAGGAAUGUUUUCUGGGCUGAUGCUAGGUCCAGGGCUGCAUAUGGUUAUUUUUGUGACACAAUUGCAAUAGACACAACUUGUUUGGCAAACAAGUAUGAGAUACCUUUAAUAUCAUUUGUUGGAGUAAACCACCAUGGACAGUCCAUAUUGCUGGGUUGUGGCUUUAUUGGACAAGAGUCAGUAGAUUACUUCUUAUGGAUGCUCAGGGCAUGGCUGAAAUGCAUGUUAGAUAAGCCUCCACGAGUUGUCAUCACCGACCAUUGUAAACCCUUGCAAACAGCAAUUUCUGAAGUUAUACCGAAGGCUCGUCAUUGUUAUUGUUUGUGGUAUAUUAUGCAUAGAGUUCCAGAGAAGUUGGGAGGAUUGAAGGGAUACGAAACAAUUAAAAGACAGUUGAAUAAAUCAGUUUAUAAUUCCUUGAAAAUUGCCGAAUUUGAAACUUCUUGGGCCGACAUGAUCAAACGGUAUGGCCUGGAAAAUAAUAAAUGGCUUCAGUUGCUGUAUGAAGAACGACAGCUUUGGGUUCCAGUUUAUUUAAAGGACAUAUUUCUUGCUGGAAUGAUUCCUAUUCAAGAAAACGAGAGUUUGAUUGCUUUUUUUGAUGGUUAUGUACAUAAGCACACAUCAUUUAAGGAAUUUGUCGAUAAAUACGAUCUAGCUCUACAUAGGAGGCACAUGAAAGAAGUCACAGCAGACCUGGAGUCAAGAAAUACAACCCCUGAAUUGAAAACAAGAUGUAAUUUCGAGACUCAGCUAUCGAAAAUAUACACAAGAGAAAUCUUCAAGAGGUUCCAAUCUGAAGUUGAGGGGAUGUAUUCCUGUUUCAACACAAGGCAAGUUAAUUUCAAUGGGCCAAUUAUCACAUACAUUGUCAAAGAAAGGGUUGAAGUUGAGGGGAGUGAGAAGGAAGUCAAGUACCAUGAGGUUUUGUUUGAGACAACACAAGUGGACGUCAGAUGCAUUUGCAGUUUGUUUAAUUACAAAGGCUAUCUAUGUAGGCACGCCUUGAAUGUUCUUAACUACAAUGGCAUCGAGGAAAUUCCAUCUCGUUACAUUCUGCCUCGGUGGAGUAAAGAUUUCAAGUGCAGGUAUCUUCUUGACCAUGACUCUAGUGAUUCUUCAGUUGACAUGUAUAAUAACCCAUUGUACUGGUAUAAUAAUCUAAUUAAGCUCUCCCUUCCGGUUGUGGAAGAAGGGGCACAAUCGCAAGAACGUUAUAAGACGGCCUUGCAAGAAUUAGAGGCAUUGUUAAACAAGUUUAAUCUUGUAGAGGAUAACAUAGUGUAACAUAAAUAAAAUAUUAACUUGGCAAUCUGCUACGAACAGGAACAGUAAUAUCUUUCCACGAAUGACUGAUUCAAGUCAUAGGAAUAUAUAUUUGAAAUUCUGGUGUCAUGAU